AUGCCCCUCCGUCCCGCAGGGGCUAGACAUGCGAGGUCGCAGAGUCUCGCCGCUGGAGGUGUCGUGGGGCAAAUAUCCGGACCUUCCUCCCACUCAGCGCAUACUCGCGGUGGACCGAGUGCCCCCUCCGCUUCUUACACCAGCCUCUCAGAGUGGGAGCUCGUCGACGAAGAGGACGCGCGCCAUCGUUCCUCCAGAUCCGCCGCCAAACGGCCCCAGGCCCAGCACAACCACAACCACAGCUCGCAUCACGUGCGCCACGUCGGCUCGCUGCAUCAUCCUGCACCCAAGUCCCCCUCUACGUCCCGCGGACACGAUUUCGAGGCAUACGAGCUCGACGACGAUUUCGAAGACGACGCUAGUGAGAAGGCGUGGCGCUCGACGAUCGAGUCGUUUGAUCGACAGGACGUGUGCAUGUCAAUGCUAUUCUCCGACGCCGAGUACGGACAAGAGAUGCUCUUCAAUAUCUUUCCCGAGCUUCGAGAAGCAGCGAAGAACAAGCGCACUCCGCUCGUACCCAUGCCUGUUUGGGAUAAAGACAUGAAAGCCUCCCGCCUCCUCGACUCCGCCAUGGCCCGCCAACGCUCCAUCCUCAGAAGACUCCAAAGCCCCGUAGACGCCGACGCUCUCUACGCCGAAGAGCUAGACAAGAACCUCAAGCGCGGGUUGAACUUUUCUCGCGCGUCGAGGCAUGCGGCGGAGAAGGUCAUGAGAGUUGUAGAUGGGCUUGUUGCGGACAAGGUUGAGGAGAUUAGGAAGGUUGAGAGGAGAAAGGCAGAGGAACGGGAGAUGCGAAGGAUGAUUGAAGGGGAGGUCUUCCCACAGGCUGGCACUGAGCGCCGGCGUCGCGCGCGACGUUCUGCAGAGCCUUGUCUGAAUAUAGGCUCACGCUUUGUCUGA